GGCCUUGCGAGCUUUCAAUGGAAAAACCUCGGACGCACUUUUGCUCUUGGUUCCUGAGACUUGAUUGCUGUCUGAGCCAAUGACGGUAUGCCUCCGCAGGCCCAGAUGCUCCACACCUUGGAGAAACUGCUCUUUGGAUGACCGGAGUUACGGUUGUAGCGUCCGUCAGAUGAUACAUGAUGGACGCCAGCGCGAUGGCUGUGGGUACGACGGUUAUGCGGUACUCGACUCUUAAGAAGCCUGAGAUCCGUUCGUUCACUCUGAAAUUUAUGAUCAUAUCUUGAUACCCCCAUUCUUGUCUUCGUUACGUAGGACUUGGUUGUGCCGCCUGUAUUGCUAGCGAUUGUUUCUGCCUGCACUCAGUAUAUCAAGAUGGGAUCGGCAGUCAUCGAGACCAACAUCGACGGGAUCCUCCAGACACUUACUCUGGAGGAGAAGGUCUCCCUUCUCGCCGGAAAGGAUUUCUGGGAGACAGUCCCCAUUCCCGGAAAGAAUGUCCCCGCAAUCAAGACUUCUGAUGGACCAAACGGUGCACGUGGCGCUGUUUUCUCUGGUGGCACACGCGCUGCUUGCUUCCCUGCGGCAGUUUGUGCUGCUUCGACAUGGAACCCCACGCUAUCCAAGCGCUUCGGAAACGCCCUAGCCGAAGAGGCCUUAACCAAAGGUGCCCGUGUCUUGCUCGGCCCUACCAUGUGCAACCAUAGGCAUCCUCUUGGAGGCCGUAACUUCGAGAGUUUCUCCGAAGACCCGUUCCUGGCUGGAAAGCUCGCUGCGCAGGUCGUCACUGGACUGCAGGAGAAGGGAGUUGCUGCCACCAUUAAGCAUUUCGCUGCCAAUGAGCAGGAGACCGACCGUCUGAAGGUCGAUGAGAUCGUGCCUGAGCGUGCCCUGCGAGAGAUCUACAUGAAGCCCUUUGAGAUUGCCAUACGUGAAGCCAAUCCCUGGGCCGUCAUGACCGCUUACAACCUGGUAAACGGUACUCACGCAGACGCUCACAAGUACAUGCUUGAGCACGUUCUCCGGGGCGAAUGGGGAUGGAAUGGUCUGGUCAUGAGCGACUGGGGAGGUACCAACUCGACCGCUGAUGCUUUGAAUGCUGGUCUGGACCUUGAAAUGCCAGGUCCCACGCGAUUCAGGACUGCCGAAGCUGUCGUCGAGGCUGUCAAGAAGGGCACCGUGUCCGAGGCUACCAUCAACGCCCGGGCAAAGAAUGUCCUUGAGCUCAUUAAGAAGGUGGGCGGAUUCGAGAACCCUGAGAUCCCUCCUGAGAGGUCAGUCGAUGACCCUGCCCACCGUGCUCUUAUCAGGGAGACGGCCGGCGAGGGUCUCGUCCUUCUGAAGAACGACAACGUACUUCCUUUGACCAAGGAGAAUGCCAAGGGCAAGAAGAUUGCUUUGCUCGGAUUGGCCAAGGAGGCUCUCAUUCACGGUGGUGGAAGCGCUUCAUUGCACUCUCACUACAGGAUCACUCCCGAGGAGGGUCUGCGCAACGCCUACGGCGAUGACGUAGAGUUCAAAUACGCAAAGGGUGCCCAUACCUACAGGCAGAUCCCGCCUUUGUCCGAUAACUGCACCGGAGUCGAUGGCAAGGCCGGUUGGACCGCUGAGUUCUUUGAGCAGGGAAGCACUGGCAAGCCGUUGGAGACCAGGAAUGGUCUCAAGGAUGCAUCAUUUAUGCCUCUGCUCGACGCCAGCGCCAAAUCGAAGGAUCUCAAGUUCACUGCAACAUUCGUCCCCCAGCAAUCCGGUGCUCACUAUCUUUCUUGCUCUGGAAUUGGCCCUACAAAGGUCACCAUCAAUGGAGAACAGGUUUUUGAACAGACGGAAAACUCCCCUGAUGCUAUGGCCUUCCUCUUCGGCGGCAACCCGGAGAAGGAGUUCACAUACUCUUUCGAGAAGGGUCAAUCUUACAAGGUCCAGGUGUUCUCUGCGCCUCCUGCUUCGGAGGGCGACGAUGCCAUGGAGGGCAUCUUGGACGGUUUCCCUGGCUUCCGACUCGGAUUCAUGGAUCAACAAGAGCACGACGAGGACCUAUUGACUCCAGCCGUAGACCUCGCAAAGGAGUGCGACUAUGCGAUUGUCUUCACAGGUCACACACCAGUCUGGGAAACCGAGGGACAGGAUCAGUUCAGUUUCAGUCUGCCCAAGGACGGUUCACAAGAUAAGCUAGUCUCGGCUGUUGCCAAGGUGAACUCCAAGACCAUCGUGGUGAACUCCACUGGUGUUGCUGUUGCUAUGCCCUGGUUGUCUGAGGUCGGCGCUCUCGUCCAAGCGUGGUUCCCCGGACAGGAGGCAGGCAAUGCAAUUGCAGAUGUGAUCUCCGGCACCAUCAACCCAUCUGGCAGACUUCCCGUCUCCUUCCCUAAGCGUAUCGAAGAUGCGCCAGCACACGGAAACUUCCCAGGCACGAGGAAGGAUGGCCAGCUCACCGUCCGAUACGAGGAGGGCGUCUUUGUUGGAUACCGCCACUACGAUCGCGUAUCUCAGGACAAGGUCCAGUUCCCCUUCGGAUUUGGACUGUCUUACACUACGUUCAGCUUGAAGGAUGCUAGCGUAGCACAGAGGUCCACCGAUGUCUUCACUGCUAAGGUCAAGGUUGCUAACACCGGCCGCCGCACCGGUGCCACAGUCGUGCAGCUAUACGUUGGUAGGGCUGAGGAGUCUGCAGAUCAUCCCGUCAAGACGCUAGCGGCAUUCCAGAAGGUGACUGUGGAAGCCGGCAAGGAGCAAGAGGUCGAGCUUACGUUGGCUCUGAGGGACUUCGCUUACUUCGACGAAGCAUCGAGCGCAUUCAAGGUCGAUAGAGGUCGAUACAAGUUUUCUUUUGGUCAAUCCACUGCAAACAUCGAGAGCGUUGUAGAAUUAGACAUCGAAGGCAGCCGAGAGCUGAAGCUUUAGAUGUUGUCAGCACUAGCAUAUUAGAUACCUCGUAAUAGUUCAAUGGGCCACGCAUCGGAGUCUUAGAACCCUAUCAACG